AUGCCCGUCACAUCGCUUUCAGAUCGAAAGAUGACGGUCAACUACGCUAUCGACUUACUUAGAGCCCAUCAAAUCCGUCGAGAAAAUGUGUUCCUACACGAGCAGCUCCAGACAUGUGUCAAAGAGGUCGCAAUGUUGCGUGAAGAGAUACGAGAUUCGACCCAACGGCAGACUGCCAUCGAAAACGAGGUCAAGCCCAUCAAGGUGUCCAUUGUCGACCACGAUACGAAAGCCUCUGCCAUUUUCGAGACGCAGGAAACUCGGCUCAACGACCAGGCUCGUGAGCUACGGGCAGUGCGACAGUCGUGCAGAGCGUUGCAAACCGAGACUUCAGAUAUCAAGGCGUCCUAUCACGACGCACAAACGGUCCAGCAGACACAAAUAGCAAUUGUCGAGAAGCAGACGGAAACCCUCGAGAAUCUGCAAAGAGCUCUUGAUUCCAAGGCAGAUACCGCACUCGUCAAAGUGUUGGAAAGUCGCGUGAACAAACUCUGGAGUGAUCAAAAUGCUGGCAUCGUUGUAAUAGACUCAGUCAGCCACGUUUCAGAGACUGCAGAGCAUGAAUCGGUCCAGGUUCGGGAUUCCCUCCCUGACCGUUCUGAACCUCAGCAGGCUCGAGAGAUGACACUCCCAAACGAUCUCGACCUCGACGCCAAUGCUCACACGAUCAGCUAUGCUGGUUAUGAGUGCCGCGCAGCGGAGCCGUCCCUCAGAAUGUUGUCACCACUCCCCAUAGAGGCGUCGCGGCUCGCCGAGAUCAAGACCCUCCGGCAGAGAAGAUUUGACGGCUGGGACCAUUACUACGACCAAGGUCAGGAACUCGUCCAAGCCUUGCCGCAGGACUUCGAAGAGACAAUCAUACACCAUUUUGUGGAGGGACUCUAUCAAACCACCCAUAGAAAACAGUGUCAGCAGUGGCUUGACUCGAGUGGAUGGACUUGGGCCAACGUUACCGCCUUUGGAAAUCUAUGCUCACAACUUCUUGCCAACGACACAUCGGUGGAAACUUCGCGUCCGAGACAGAUAGACGCAGGGCUUGCUGCAGUCGGUAAGUCAGGACAGCGUGUCGAUGGCGUGGGCAAGGAGGCGAAAAACGGCAAAGUACCACGAGACACUGUCGAUGCACCGCUGCGACGAAGCCAACGCGUGGCCCAGAAACAAAAUCUCCAAACGCAGACGGAAAAACGGCACGAAGUCGAAUCAAACAGAGGUCCGCCGGCUCACAGGACAAGACGGGACAUCACUCAGGGAUCGAGGCUCAAGACCAAUCCUGGCAAGGUCCCCGAUGAGGCGCAGAGACAGCGGCAGGCUGUCGACGCCACGGAACCGCGAGCGCCGCCUCAGAAAUCUGCAAAGGUGACUGCAAACCCCCAGGAGACAGGCGCCGCAAAAACCACGACCUUCUCAGCAAAGCGUCGUGAAAGCCACAAGAGGAGAGCCGUCGUCAACGAAACUGAUCACUCAGCAAAGCAACCGAAGCCUCGCCCGACAGCGCCUCCAAAUCAUCACAUCUCCCCCAAACUUGUGUCAUUCCGCGGACAAAAUGCAGAGUUAAUGGAAGAAAGCAGCAAUGACGAGGGGUUUCUGCACAAUGACCCCAAGCCUUCAUUUCCCACGAGAGUACGUCAACGGGCAGGGCACAGAAAGAGAGGACUACCUCUGCCACCUCCACCAGAGAUCCCUAUUCUACCUACCACAGACGAAGAGUAG